AUGCUUUCAGGUGAAGAGAAGGUUUACCUUAGCUCUGACAGUAUUAUCCCAUCCGAUGUUGACAUAGAAGAAAAUGUAGUAUAUCCUGCAGAGUUUUUGAACAGUGUCAAAGUGGCUAGACUGCCUAGACAUUGUUUGAAGCUCAAGGUUGGUGCUCCUAUCAUGUGUCUUCGUAACAUGGAUGUUGCAGAUGGCUUAAGUAAUGGUACUAGGCUAAUUGUUACUCAGUUACUGCCCCAUGUGAUAGAAGGUAGAAUUAUAACCGGAAACAAAAUUGCUGGAUAUCCGGUUUGGAUCCCUAGAAUGUUUGUCACACCACCUGACACAAAUUUUCCCUUCAGAAUGCGUCGAAGACAGUUUCCAGUUACAUUGGCUUUCACGAUGACCAUCAACAAAAGUCAAGGUCAAACACUGGAAAGUGUUGGGUUGUUUCUGCCUAGGCCAGUGUUCUCUCAUGGUCAGCUCUACGUUGCACUUUCAAGAGUUAAGUCGAAAUUUAUGGGUAGUGUUGAGUUAGGAGACCGAUUGUAUUCAGGAGCAUCCAGUUUUCCGACUAUUUCGAUGACGGUUUCUAAUUGA